AUGGCUUCGCGUUCGCCGUCGCGUGGCCGCUAUCGGUCUCGCACUCGGUCGCCAACACCCCGAUCAGAGUACUCGCGUUCUCCCCAGCGUCGUCCCCGUCAUGACUCGCGUUCUCCUGCGCGAUCGCCAACCCCGCCGCGCCGCAAUGGUCGUUACAGGAGCCGCAGCCGUAGCCGCAGCUGGAGUCGUGGUCGUGACCGUGACCGUGGUCGUGACUGCAGUGAACGAGGCCGGAGUGGCUCCCCGCUCGCAAAGAGUACUAAGAUUGUGGUGGAGCGCCUGUCCAAGAACAUCAACGAACAGCACCUCUACGAGAUUUUCGGGCAAUUCGGUCGCAUCAGGGACCUGGAUCUUCCCAUUAAUCGCACUUUUGGCACCAAUCGUGGAACUGCAUACAUCCUCUUUGACUACGAGGCCGAUGCUGAGGCCGCCAUCGCCCACAUGCAUGAGGCGCAGGUGGACGGCGCGACCAUCAACGUCUCUAUAGUGCUUCCCCGCCGCAAGCUCUCUCCGGCUCCUCCCACCGCCAGGCGUGGAGCCAACAUCGAUCCCAGAGUUCCCUUCGCAGGGCCGCGUGGGGGUCCCCCCGGUAUGGGUGCUGGAGGCGGCGGAGGGGGUCGUCGUCGCAUGUCUCCAGGAAGUCGGUUUGGGCCUAGGUCGGACGUAUACCGCCCAGGAUCGCGCUCCCCUUCGAGAUCGUCAGCUGGGCCACCUCCUUCGCGAGGUGGUGGGAGCCGGUAUCGCAGUCGGUCCAACAACUCUUACUCAUCCAGGUCACGCUCUAGAUCCCCAGCUCCUAGACGGCGAGGGGGCGGCGGCCGCCAUGACGAGCACGACGACAGACGCCGCAGCGACAGUCGUAGCAGCUACGGUAGCCACGGUGAUCGGAGUCGAUCUCGCAGCCGCCGCAGAUGA